AUGACCCUUCCAGUCAACCAAAACACCAUCGACGCCUUCAGUCGCGUUCACGGCCCUUACAACCAUAAGGAAAAGGCGGGAAAAUUCCGAGAUGCUGGCAUUCGCUGGAAGAUGGGAACUGGAGUCGAGACAGAUGCAAGCAACCGAAGCCUCUCCCAACCGGCCAUGCAGCCUUUUGUGCCCGACCUGGAGAUUGCGAUGACUGUCAAUAACCCUUAA